UAGUCAUUGUAUUAGUGAUGCCAUCGAUGACUACAUUUUCAUCAUUUCUUGCAUUUAAAGCAAUAAAUUAAUUAAAACAUUGCUUUCAUUACACAAACACUUCAAUAUUGUUAGAAAUAUUUAAAUUAAUUAUCGUUUAAAUUAAUUGAUUAAUACUUUUAAGUAUUAAUUAUAUUGAAAUGAGUGAAACAAUUAUACAACAAAUGGACGAAACAUUAAAAUUAAAAGAGAUUUAUAUCAACGAAAAGAUUGGAAGCGAUGAGACUGGAGAUGGAACUGAAGGAAAACCUUUGAAGACUUUAUUAGAAGCCAUGAGAAGAGCCGGUGAAGAGCCGUUUCCCACUUUUUAUAGCGAAUCCAAAGAAGCGAACAAAAUAUGGGAUGUCGUGUCCGUCUCUCAGAUCAAAAAGAUUAAGAAGAUAUGGGUUCGAGAAAAGCAUAAGAAGGAUGAAAAACAACAGAAGGAAACAGAAGAUGAAGAGAGACGACUCAAGAAUUUGGAGGAAUCCAAGAACAUUACCAUCAAAUUGGAUGAGUCUUUGUCAACGCCUAUACUAAUUAAAAUAAGAGACACAACAGCGCAUCGCAACCAAAGAAUAACAAUUAAAGGUUGGGUCCAUCGGUUGAGACGACAGGGAAAAGCACUUAUGUUUAUAACUUUGAGAGACGGAACCGGUUUCUUACAGUGCGUUCUGACCAAUGAAAUGUGUCAAACAUAUGAUGCACUCGUACUUCAAACCGAAGCUACUGUUCAAUUGUAUGGAACGCUUAAAGUAUUACCCGAAGGAAAGGUAGCUCCRGGUGGACAUGAAUUGCAGUGCGAUUAUUGGAAACUCAUUAGCAAUGCACCGGCCGGUGGUAUUGAUCACGUGCUCAAUGAGAAUGCUUUGGUUGACAUUCAGUUGGAUCAAAGACAUCUUAUGCUUAGAGGAGAGAUUUUGUCAAAAAUAAUGGCUUUUCGAUCACUUGUUCUCAAAUCUUUUAGAGAACAUUUUUUCUCAAGAGGUUAUCUUGAAGUGACACCUCCGACAUUAGUACAGUCACAAUGUGAGGGCGGAUCCACUUUAUUCAAGUUUGACUAUUUUGGUGAAGAGGCUUAUUUGACUCAAUCAUCACAACUUUAUUUGGAAACAGUAUUGCCUUCAUUGGGUGAUGUCUUCUGUAUCGCUCAAUCAUAUCGAGCCGAACAGUCCCGUACUCGAAGACAUUUAGCUGAAUAUACACACGUAGAGGCUGAGUGUGCUUUUAUAUCGUUUGAAGAUUUGUUGGACAAAGUAGAAGAUUUAUUGGUUGAUGUCGUCGAUCGACUGAUGGCCGAUCCUUUGGGUAGAGAAACUAUAAACCAUUUCAAUCCCGAAUUCAAAGCACCGAAGAAACCAUUUAAGCGCAUGAAUUAUACGGAGGCUUUAGUUUAUCUUAAAGAAAACAACAUCACUAAAGAGGACCAAACAUUUUAUGAAUUCGGUGAAGACAUUCCAGAAAUGCCUGAAAGACAGAUGACUGACAAAAUAAAUGAGCCAAUAAUGUUGUGUAGAUUCCCGGCUGAGAUAAAAUCAUUUUAUAUGCCGCGUUGUGCUGAAGAUAAAAGACUUACAGAAUCGAUGGAUAUAUUGCUACCCGGAGUGGGAGAAAUAAUUGGAGGAUCAAUGAGGAUAUGGGAUCACAAAGAAUUAAUGGAAGGCUUUAAACGUGAAGGUGUGGAUCCAAAGAACUAUUAUUGGUAUACCGAUCAACGUUUGUUUGGUACGACUCCUCACGGAGGCUAUGGGUUAGGACUCGAAAGAUUUAUUACAUAUGUUCUAAACCGAUACCAUAUUCGCGAUUCUACUCUUUAYCCAAGAUUUGUCUCGCGUUGUAAACCAUAAUUUAAUUUGUUUUGAUAAUUCAAUUUUUAAUUUAAUU